CUCCGAAGUAGAUCAGUUUAGUUCAGUUUCAGAAUUCGCAAACGACACAAAAAAGAGCCCAAGACCCAGUUCAAGUCCAAGUCCAUGUCAGAGCCAUCACACUAUCAUUAUAAGUAUCGCCUGAUUUAGUAAAGAAAUCCCCGAGCCUACCGUUAGCAUUUCUAAUGCUCGUCUGGAACGAUAAACAGGAUACCAACUUCACCUUUAUUUGAGGUCCCUGCUCGAGCUCUAGCAGCCAGAUAUCGGAACACAUCGGACACAAUAUAUAUAUUAUAUAUAUCUAUUUUUUGUGGAAUUCUUGUUUGUUGUUUUUUUUUGUUUGUUUGCGGAAAGGGCCUGCCUGGUGAUAAUGCCCAGCAGUGUUGCCAACGAGAGUCAAUUCCGAUUCCAAAGCAGUCGCAGCAGCCGCCAGUCGAGCUGUUCCAGCCGGAGUGAGCCUGGUGCCACCACGCCCACCAGCGAUGUGGUGGACAAGGCACUGGCCGAGCUGCAGCUGCAGUCGUCGUCAAAGUCGGAGCUCCUUUCGACCAGCUCCGGCAAGCCGCAGCGUUUCGGCUGGCAGAUCAAGCCCUCCAAGCUCUCGCUGAAUACGCACAAUCGAAUCCGGAAUAUUGUCGAGUCCCUGAAGAUCAAGCCGAAUCCUGAGAAGCCCAUGAUACCGCUCUCGAUUGGUGAUCCCACAAUCUUUGGCAAUCUCAAGGCCGCCGAUGAGACCAUGAAGGCCGUCCUGCACUCGGUGGAGAGCGGCAAGUAUAACGGCUAUGCCCAUACUCAAGGACAUGAGGCAGCACGCCAGGCAGUGGCCAAGUACAGUGCCCACCAGCGUCCGAACGAAGAGAUUGAUCCCAUGGAGGUGGUCCUCUGCAGCGGCUGCUCCUCGGCUCUGGAGUACUGCAUCCUGGCGCUGGCCGAUCGCGGCCAGAAUGUGCUCAUACCCAGGCCGGGCUUUUGCCUUUACCACACUUUGGCCGAGGGCCUGGACAUCGAGGUGCGCUACUAUGACCUCCUCCCCGACCAGCAGUGGCGCGCCGAUCUCGUCCAGCUGGAGAGUUUGAUUGAUGAGAAUACGGCCGCCCUGCUCAUUAACAAUCCGAGCAACCCCUGUGGCAGCGUCUUCGACGAGAAGCAUCUGCGCCAGUUGAUUGGCAUCUGCGAGCGCCACUAUCUGCCCAUCAUAGCAGAUGAGAUCUAUGAGCACUUUGUAUUCCCCGGCUCCAAGCAUGUGGCUGUAAGCAGCCUCACAACGGAGGUCCCAGUUCUCUCCUGCGGCGGUUUGACCAAACGUUUCUUGGUUCCCGGCUGGCGGAUGGGCUGGAUCAUAGUGCAUGAUCGCAAGCAGCGACUGGUGGAUGCGGUGGUGGGUCUGAAGAACAUGUGUGGCCGAAUCCUGGGCUCCAAUACCCUGAUUCAGGGCGCCUUGCCGGAGAUCCUGGCCAAGACGCCGCAGUCUUACUUUGACGGUGUCAUUGAUGUGUUGCAUUCAAACGCCACUCUGGCCUACAAAAUGCUGAAGCAGGUGCGUGGCCUUAACCCCGUGAUGCCCAACGGGGCCAUGUACAUGAUGAUCGGUGUGGACAUCGAACGGUUUCCGGCCUUCAAGGAUGACACUCACUUUGUCCAGGAGCUGGUCAAUGAGCAGAGUGUCUUCUGCCUGCCGGGCAGCUGCUUCGAGUAUCCGGGCUAUGUGCGCAUCGUGCUCACCGUUCCAAAGACAAUGAUCGAGGAGGCCUGCGCCAGGAUGACCGAGUUCUGUGAUCGCCAUUUCAAGAAGGACUCGCGCGCCUUUAUCGAGCAUGGAUUGCUGGACGAAGAGGAUCUCGCCUUCUGAGCUGAGCUGGGAGCAAACAUUUAUUAGACGAUCUAGACUACAAUUUGUAUCAAGUGUACAUAAGAAUAUAUAUAUAUAUAUAUAUAUGUGUAUGUAUAUAUAUAAUAUGUAUAUCAAUCAUUAACUAUCCAAAUAUAAGGAGUAUUGUCUCAAAAAAUUGCAGGAAAAGUGACACACAAAGAGAUAGAGAUAGAGAUAGAGAGAGAGAGGAAUAUAAAUAUAUAUAUAUAGGGGACUAUA